GCUUGCGUGCCGUCGUUGCGCUCACGUUUUUUUGUUCGACUGAAAAAGUUUAAUCGCCGCCGAAUUCCGACACUUUCGGGUCCGCCGGAUCACGGAGUGUGCCCCAGCUCGACUUCCCGCUUGGCUGCAGGCUGUGAUGGACGAGGAGGACGAUCCCGUCGUGGAAGAGAUUCCGGUGUACCUGUCGAAGACGCUGGCCGAGAAUCUGUACCUGUUGCAGUACCCGGUGAAGGCCUCGACGGCGACCUUUGACGAUGGCCAGGUGGUGAACAGCUGCGUUAAGCCAAUCAACCAACAGAUCAAAGUGGACUACGCGCUGAACACGGCCUCGAAGAACUACGACUCGUUCAAGGGCGAACAGUUUGCCAUAGCCGCAGAUGGAAAGGAAAAGGAUCGUCAGCAGAAACCGACCUUCCGCAGCGGAACCAUGGACAAGCAGUCGUUCCUUAGUUCGAAACCGAUCGAGGACGUCAAUCGGUACAUGGUCUGCACGCUGCAGGACCGGGAAAUCCACGCCACUCCUCUGCAAGGGAUCGCCUCGAUGCGGCAGAUGUUCUCCUACUUUGACAAGCAGGACAAGCGAACCAAGGCCGAACAGAAGGCGGAACAGGACGCCGAUGCCGACGAGGAGGAACUGAAACAGGUCACGGUCAAGUUCGCCCGCACCGAGAACGAAAAGGUGCGGAAGGCGCGCGAAAAGUCCUUCAACUACAUUUCAAAGCUCGAAUCCGAAGAACCUUGGUGCGAAACGUUUUGGCACGCGAAGACCUCGACCGCGGCCGAACUCGAACGGCAAAAGCUGUUCUGCGGUGGCACCGGAUCCGGUGGCGCGUCCGCCCGGGAAGACCCCGCUGCGCUCAACGUGGCCCCGCCCGAGUAUCUGGAGAUGCUCAUCAGUAAGGAGAAGACCGAUAGAAAUAUCGAUUCAAUGCUGCCAAGUCGGGUCGUCUGCAUGCACAAGCUCAAGCAGAUGGCCCUCGUCGAUCAGAUUAAGGUUAUUCUUAAGGAUGCCAAGGUACUCACGUUCCAGCAGAUCAUGGAUCUGCUCCCGGACCGGAGCCUCGCGGCGGACAAAGUCCUCCGGACGCUCCCGCUGGCGGGCGUGCUCAUCCGGGGCAACUGGGUCGUCCAGUCGGAGAUCAUGUACCCGGAGGGCUCGGUGUCCGCCAUCAACGGCGUGCCGGCCGAGCAGAUGUGCAAGGCGCGGGACUACAUCCUGUAUCGCUUCACCCAGAGCGAUCACCUCGAGCGGCACCAGUUGGCGCUCAUUACGCAGCUACCCACGGAGGAGAUCCGGGAAAUCCUGUGCUCGGUGGCCCGGCUCAAUCCGGACCGCACCUGGAGUUUGCUGCUGCCGUCGAACGAGGAGUUCUCCGCGAACGAGCAGGAAAUCAGCGACCGGCAGAACGCGUUCUGGACGGCCCGCGCGGACAAGUUCAACGAGAUGGAGCGCAGCACGAAACGGGUGCGGAAACGGUCGGGCCGAUCGGAGAGUAAGUACGACGUCAAGAUGAGCAACGGGUAGCGCCGGCCAAGCCGCCCCGGGUGUGCAUGUGUUAUGAACCAAGUUAUAGUGCGUUACGAUCUUACCAGGAUAAGCUAUUAUUUAUACGUAUCGGAAAAUAUAUGUUGUCGGUUCGAUUCCACCGCCACCGUCACCGCGGGGCCGUUUAAAGCCCUGGAGCGGUACUCAAGUCUGCGAAAGUUUUGGGAUCGAAUCGGGAAAUUUUGAAAACAA